AUGGCUCAUUAUGACGAACUGAUGUCUACUAGUACAGAAAUAUUUCACAUUAGUAAAAAUACAUCGAUAAAAAAUGAACGAGGCUCCAAACUGAUGCAAUUUGUCGCUGCAAUUGCUGUGAGCAUCAACGUGAUAGCAAGUGGAGUUAUGUUGUGCUGGACAAGUCCUAUACUGAUGAUGCUCCAAGAAAAUCCAGUGAACAAAGAAAAUCCGCUUGGACGACCAAUUAGCAAUGAAGAAGUGUCUUGGAUUGGAGGUCUUGCUACAGGAGGUUCAGUAAUUAGCUGUUUAAUUCCAGGAUAUCUUGCUGACAAAUGGGGAAGACGAGUAGCUUUAUUAAUCAGUGUAGCACCAGGUGUUUUAAGCUGGGUGCUUGUUUUUCUUGCGAAUCGCAUAGAAUUUUUGUACGCCUCAAGAUUAAUCGCAGGCCUUGCAGUUUCUUUCACAUUUGGACUGAUCUCAAUUUACGUUGGCGAAAUAGCCGAGCCGUCAGUCCGAGGAAUACUCGGCUCUUUUCUUCAAAUAUUCCUCAACUUAGGUCUGAUGAUACCUUUCGGAAUUGGUCCGUUCAUUUCGUACAAUAAUUAUCGCAUUAUUUGUGCGACAUUGCCGAUUGUUUUCUUCAUUGUCUUCUUCGCGAUGCCAGAGACACCAUACUACUUAGCGGCUAAAGGCCGAAAGGAAGAUGUUAUCAAGGUGUUGGUGAGGCUAAGAGGGAAAAGCAGAGAAGCUGUUGAAGAAGAAGCCCAUGAAAUUCAAACAGCGGUCCAAGAAGCUUACAGCAAAAAAUCAACAAUACUGGAUUUGUUUAAAGUCAAGGUCAAUUUAAAAGCUAUAAUUAUUUGCUGUAGUCUGAUAUUCAUCCAACAGCUAAGUGGUAUUACUGCUCUUCUUGUUUACCUACCGAUGAUUUUUGCAAGCUGUGGAACUUUUAGUAUCUCCCCAAUUUAUCAAACAAUUAUUAUUACAUUGGUCCAACUUAUUGGUUCGUGCUUUAACCCUCUUUUCAUUGAUAGACUGGGCCGAAAAAUUCUAUUAGUCAUAUCAGGAAUUGGCUCUUCGUUAAGCCUUGGACUUCUUGGACUUUUCUUCUUUUUAAAAGAUGUUAUGAAAACAGAUGUCAGCAACAUCGGCUGGCUCCCGAUUUCUUCUUUGAUUGUAUUCAUGGCUACUUACAGUGUGGGAUUAGGUCCGGUUCCUUGGACAGUAGUGGGUGAAAUUCUUCCCCAAGAAAUGAAAUCAAAAGCAUCAACAAUUAUUAUCUUUCUCAGCUGUUUUAUGUCAUUUAUUGUUAUCAAAUAUUUCAUUAAUAUUGUUGAUGCUUUUGGCCAAUACAUUGCGUUUUGGUUUUAUGGAUUUUUCUGCUUUUUAAGCGUUCCGUUCGGUGCUUUUAUUUUACCGGAGACUAAAAAUAAAUCAUUGCAAAAAAUUCAAGAUGAACUUCAAGGAAAAAAAAGCUAA